AUGCCGGCCUCACUGCGGGAUACGUGGAACUACCAGGGCGGUUACAUCAGUCGACUAGAAGAGGGAUCGAGAAAGCGCAAGGCGCUCGGCCAGCCUAGUCCCAUACAGCACGAGGUGAAGCGCAUGAAGAUCUACUUCUCUGAAGAAAUUAUUGUGCUCGUCGGCGAAGAGAAGAAGAGAUAUGUGGUGCACAAGAAUGUCCUCCGCGCGACUUCGCGCUUCUUCCGAGACUGUCUCUCAGGGAAGUGGCGAGAGGCCAGACAGCGUGCGAUUCCGCUACCCGAGUCCGUGGCGGAUGACUUCGAUGUGUACCUCACCUACCUCUGUGAAGGAACGAUCGAUCUGCCGGAGUUCCACCAGUCUUCAGAGGGCACCGGCCAAGACGCGACUCAAUCACAAAAGUCUCAAAACCAGGCUCCAGGCCCUCCGCAAGCUCGCAAUGCCGACGGAGUGGGUGAUGAGAAUGAGGAGGGUGUAGUUUAA